ACCUCACCUCCAGGAAAGGAACGAAGCUGCACGAUUCCCGUCCACAGGUUCCGGACCUCGUCGGUGUAGAAGUAUCCCCAAGAAAUCCGGCCGCCCUCCCCGCGCGGAUCGACCCGAGGGUGCCCCCACCCUCUCGCGUCGAUCCCGCAAUGGGAAUGCUCUCGUCGGCGGCGAAAAGAUGCAGCAACGGCAAGAAGCUCCUCCGCAGCGCGGGCGCGUGCUGCGGCGCGCCGUCCGACGCUGCGCGUGGUGUCCGCGGCAAGGAAGAGGCGUCGACGUCCGCGCCGGCGCCGUCGCCGCCUUCCUCACCGGAUAGCAAGAAGAAGAGGUGGAGGAAGCGGAGGUUCUGGAGGAAGAAGAAGAAGAAGAAGGCGAAGAAGGAGGGCGGCGACAUGGCGGAUCUCGUGAACAACGUUUCGGUCAAGCCGGGUAUGACGAUCGAUGCUCUCGAUCUGCUUUUUUCAGGUUGUCAGCCUCACGCAGGGACGACACGAUGCAUGCCGGUGCUGUGUGCUGCAGACGUUUCCAAGAACGGGAAUGCGACGGCGGAGGAGACCCUACGGGGAGGGAACCAGAACAUGCCGAGCCGGGCGUUGAAGUUCAAACAGCUGAGCGCCGCGACCGACGGGUUCAGCGAGAAGAACCUGCUCGGAGAAGGCGGCUUCGGCCGGGUGUACAAAGGCCGGCUCGCGGACACCAAGGAGGUCAUCGCCGUGAAGCAGCUGGACAGGGACGGGUUCCAGGGCAACCGCGAGUUCCUGGUGGAGGUGCUGAUGCUGAGCCUCCUGCACCACCCCAACCUCGUCAAGCUGCUGGGCUACUGCACCGACUCCAACCAGCGGAUCCUGGUCUACGAGUACAUGCCCAAGGGGUCGCUGGAGGACCAUCUCCUGGACCUGCCCCCGAACUGGAAGCCUCUGCCGUGGCACACGCGGAUGCAGAUCGCGGUGGGCGCGGCCAAGGGCAUCGAGUACCUGCACGAGGUGGCCAACCCGCCGGUGAUCUAUCGCGACCUCAAGGCGUCCAACAUCCUCCUGGACAGGGACUUCAACGCCAAGCUCUCCGACUUCGGGCUCGCCAAGCUGGGGCCCAUGGGCGACCAGAGCCACGUCAGCACCCGGGUCAUGGGCACGUACGGCUACUGCGCCCCCGAGUACGCCAUGACCGGCAAGCUCACCAAGAUGUCCGACAUCUACAGCUUCGGCGUCGUGCUGCUCGAGCUCAUCACCGGCCGCCGCGCCAUCGACGUCGACAGGCCGUCCGAGGAGCAGGUCCUCGUCCACUGGGCGUGGCCUAUGUUGAGGGACAAGAAGAGGUUCAUGAGGCUGGCUGAUCCGUUGCUGGGCAGGAGGUACCCCGUGAAGGGUCUGUACCAAGCGCUCGCCGUCGCGUCCUUGUGCUUGCAGGAGGACGCGGCCAGCCGGCCGGGGAUCAGUGACGUGGUCGCGGCGCUCUCGUUCCUCGCCGACCAGACAUACUAUCCUCCGGAGGGCACGGACGCCGUCGAGCACAAGGGUGCAGGAGAGAGUAGACCCAAGGAGGUGAGCUGCAGCCCUCCUCUGGCAGCCGUGGUCUCGUCUGAGACAAGGGCAGGCGACGAGAUGAUCCAGAGGUGACCGUAUAGGGGAGGGGACUGAGUAACGGGGAAGGGAGGGUUGCGGUUGCAGAGCGACCGGUCUGCUCUCUCCAAUCUUCUUUUGUAACGUACACCACGUAGGCAGGAUGUAACGUCAUUCAAGGAGUAAUCUUGACUGAUGCUGGUUUUCAGCAGCAAUGCAGCAUCAAGUUGAGCUAACAACA